AUCACGGUGUGGGGUGUAAUAUUUUACCUUUUAAAAAGUGAUCUCGAAGGAGUAAGUUAAAGAAAAUUUGCGAUGUCAAAAACAACAAAAAGAAAACAUGUCACAAAGGAAGUGCUGGAUGGUUAUGUUCUUCCAGCAGAAAACCAAAAGAUAGUAAAGGUAUUGGGUGGAAAAGGGAAUAACUUGCAUGAAGUAGAAACAGCAGAAGGUGAAAAAUAUUUAGUUUCCAUGCCAACAAAAUUUAGAAAAAAUGUGUGGAUUAAGCGUGGUGAUUAUGUCCUUAUCCAGCCUAUUCAGGAAGGAGAGAAAGUUAAAGCAGAAAUUUUUGCCAUUCUUUAUGAUAGCCAAAUUAAAUACAUUCAAAGCCAGGAAAAAUGGCCGAAAGAAUUUGUUCUGCCUUCAGCAACAGAUGUGAACCCUGACAUCAGUUCCAUUGAUACCGAUGGCUCUUCCCAAAGCGAUGAUGAUUUAUUUGUGAACACAAACAGGCCUCAGUGUGUUUAUGAAUCCACAGACCAUAGUGACAGUGAUGAUUCAAGUUCUGCUCAACGGAAAGAUAAGGAUUAUGAAUAAACUUCUAUCAUCAUUAUCCAA